AUCAAGAUGCCUUCUCUAUACAAGGACCCACCAGCAACCCCGAUCUUUACCGCAUCGGGAGCUUGUACGGGAUAAUCGAGAGAGUGCUAUUUUUCGCUGCAGCAGUGGUCAUCUAAGGCAAUAAUUGGCAAAAACGCCAAUUCCAAGAGAUCGGUCGUUACCUUCUUUUCCCUCCUCUCUCUUCUUACCGGCAAAGCUGGUCGGGGUAUUUGCCACGAGUCCCUGGGUCGGCAUGACUAAUAAUCCGAGGCCGGGCCUGCUGAUUGCAAAUUACAGCUGGAGCACUAUUCAAUAUUACUAUUUACUCUUCGUACGAACCUUUAUAUUCCUCCACCUAGACCUCAAGGUCCUCCGGUAAUAAACCAGCAACUCGACUGUGACUAAUGGCGACCACCUCGACGGAAGGCCUCGGGUCAGAACAUAUUGACCAAACCACGACUGAAAGUACGCGAUCUCGGAAUUUAGUUGUGCAAAGAAACUCGGUAGUGCACGAUAUUCAGGCAAUUUAUAACACAGGCAAGCCACUUUUUACCAAAGAUGCAAUGCGGAAGUUGGGCGAGGAACUCGGUGUUCUCCGGAAGGGACUGUCAGCACCUCGCAAAAUUACACAUACUGGCAUCAAUGGCGAGGACGUCGAGCUUUCUCUCGAUCCUGCGAGCUUAUUAGAUGGCGCAUCUUUCUCGGCGCUUAGAUGGAUCAUUCAUUACUCUUCCAUAGAGGAGCUCACCGUCAAACGCGACAUAUGUUCCUUCAAUCCUCAAACUGCAUUCCUACCCAUGCGGAUUACAUCUUGCACCAUAGAACUAGAGGACAACCAAGACCUGAACUGGGAGGAUCGGCCUCCUAUCUCCACGAAGGGUUUACAUGGAUUAUUUCAGGAUGUAGUACGCCAGUGGGGGAUGGGUCAGCAUCACGAAGAGAUUCGACGAGUUAUUACCGCAGCGACAGUACCGUUCGUAUUAGAUAAGGUCGUCGCCUUUGGAUGCGGACCUCUGACUUUAACCUCACAAUGCUCAAGAACCAUAUAGCUAAGUGUAAACCCCCAAAAUAUGACGUAACUCCAAAAUGAGUGAUAUAGCCCAGUACCUGAGCAACCAAAUGUGAUAUUAGUAAAGCUAGUUUUUAGUCGGUAG